AUGAGAGAAUUAUCAGAAGCUGUAAGGGAAGAAAAUGAAGGUGGAAAAGCAGGAUGGUUGGAAUGUUUCUCCACUCGAAGUAUGAUGUGGAAAAGGACACUCAAUGGAUGUAUGGUACAAGCCUUGCAACAGCUCAACGGACAAAACUUCUACUAUUACUAUGGCCCAGUGUUCUUCGAAGCAGCUGGUACGAGCCUUUCAAGUUACUCCAUCCAAGCUGUAUUGGGAGGGAUUUCACUAGCGAUGGUUCUACCUGCAAUGUGGACGAUUGAACACGUUGGAAGACGAAAAUCACUACUGAUAGGAUCUUUAGCUCAAGCCGUAUGCGCUCUGAUAGCUGGUCUCGUAGGACAUUUCUAUACGGAUGUCGACGGAGUGUCAGCAAGCAAAAGACAAUUAGGCGGUAAUGUUUUGAUCGCUUUUGCUGUUUUCCAUGUCUCAUUCUAUACUCUUUUCUGGGGUCCAACUCCCUGGGUAUUGUUGGGUGAGACUUUCCCUUUGAGAGUGAGACCGAAGUGUAUCGCCCUUGCUGCUGCUACCAAUUGGCUUUGGAAUUUCCUUUUAUCCUACUUUUUACCUCUUAUCGCUGCUGAUAUUGGACCUUUGAUCUUACUUGUCUUCUGUGGAUGUCUGAUAUUUGCAUUUUUCUACGUAUUCUUCAUGAUCCCCGAAACUCGAAGUAUCUCGCUUGAAGAGGUGGACGAACUGUACAGGACUAAAGUCAAACCUUGGAAAUCAACAUCAUGGGUCCCAUCGACUCAUCAUGCUGCGUUGGAUGCCAUUGUAGGUGAAGGAAGACGUAAAAGUCAAGCUACUUUUGGCGGGAAUCAAGAUAUCGAAAUGGGCAAGAAAAAGUCAGAACAGCACUUGGAGAACACUUCCAUGCCCAAUUAA